AUGGAAAGCACCGUCUCGAUCCACCAUGGUCCUUACGAGUCCAUUCCAGCAACAGCAUCACCAGGUCUUAAAUUCCUUCACCGAUUCCUACCAGCACUAGACUCCCUCACUCCCGUUGAAAAUCCCAUUAUCCCUUUCUUCACACCCAGCGCUCCCAUUCUCAUCGGGAGCGAUCCACCAACCGCCGCAAACCAAGCAGUCCCGCUCCUCGAAGUGCGCAGUCGUCACAUCUGCAAAUUUCACCAUCAUGUGCAUCUCGCCUGGGACAUAGACCUUGGGAGGGACAUAGGCCCCGUCCAGACAUCAUACAACAGGACCGCUCCCAACGAAGAAGCCGCACAAAAGGGACAGCUUUACGCCCCGCUAGCAGGGAACAUUCAAAUGAAACGUACGGUUAUGUUUGAAGCAACAUCCGAAACAACAUUCAAAGAGGACCCGGACGAGUUUGCAGUCCGAGUCCGCGAGUUCAACGUCCUCGAUCUGGAAGGACGUGAUGAGUCGGAUCUGCAGAUCGUUGAAAUGCGCGUCUUUUUGGAUCAGAGACCUCUCCAGGCCCAUUCUGCAAGUCUGUUUACGGGAUCUGGUUAUUCCGGAUCUUAG